AUGAAGAAGGGCAGCAGGCGGAUGCAGUACCUGGCCACCUUGUCGGAGACGCUGGUGUACGCCAGCGCAGGCACCGUGAUGGGCUGGGCGUCGCCGAUGACGCAGCGCCUGGAGAAUGACGGCUACGUCAACGCGGACGAGGUGUCGUGGCUGGCGUCGGUGAACAACCUAGCUAUCAUCGCGGGCAGUCUGGCAGUGUCGCUGAUGGUGGACUCUCCGCUGGGCCGCAAGUGGUCCCUGAUGGCGGCGGGCGUGCCGCUGGCCGUGCAGUGGCUCAUGCUGGGCCUGAGUUCCAACCCCGGCGUGCUCAUCGCGGCGCGCUUCGUCGCCGGCCUGGGCGUGGGCGUCGCCACCUCCGUGGGCCCCAUGUACCUCGCGGAGGUCGCAGAACCGGCCGUGCGCGGACUCUUCACUACGCUGCUGCAGGUGGUGCAAAACAUGGGCAUCCUGUACAUGUACGCCUUGGGGCCUUACGUCUCGUACGGGGGGAUAUCUGGUGCCUGCGUGGUGUUGCCGUUGCUGUUCAUGAUCACCUUCUGUUGGAUGCCCGAAACCCCGUAUCACCUUCUCUCCAGAGGUCGCCGCGAGGACGCCGUUAAGUCCCUUCUGAGGAUCAGGGGCAAGACCGACCCCGAUGGGAUUCAGGAGGAGCUGGAGUCGAUGGAGCGCGCCGUAUCGGAGCAGCUGCGUCAGCGCCGGAACCCCCUGGAGGAGCUGCGCGAACUACUGAGACGCGCGCGCCACCUGCGCGGGUUGCUCGUCGCCGGCGGGCUGUUCUUCUUCCAGAUCGCCAGCGGUAUGGUCAGCGUCUCCUCGUACGCCACCGCCAUCUUCGACAGCGUCGACGCCGGCCUCGACCCCAACGUGUCGGUGAUGCUGCUGGCCGUCGUGCAGAUCGUCGUCAACCUGGCCGCCUCGCUCGUGUUCUACUCGUUCGGGGCUGGCCCGCUGCCGUGGAUGACGCUGGGCGAGGUGUUCGCGCCCGAGGUGAAGGGCGUCGCCAUCUCGCUGGUGGGUGUCUUCGUGGGGCUCUUGGUGUUCCUGUUCGUGAAGGUGUUCCCCCUGGCGGCCGCCGCGCUGGGCGACCACGUCGUCUUCUGGGCGGAGGCCGCGUUCGCCGCCUUGGGGGCCGUCUUUGUCUUGGUCGUCGUGCCCGAAACCAAGGGCAAGUCGCUGCUGCAAAUCACGCAGGAGAUGGACCACAGCUCUUCCCAGCAUCCGCCCGCGGCGAGCGACACCUCGAGCACAGAUCUGAAAUGA